AUGGCGUUGAAAUGGAUCUUGAAGGAGCUGAAGGACCUCCAGAAAGAUCCUCCUACUUCAUGUAGCACUGAAUUGAUGUACGAGUUUGUUGAUUGCCUCCUCUUUGGAGAUUUGGCUCAUGUCGAGUUCCAAGACAUAUUCGUUGUGGAUCAUUUCAUCACAUCCUUGAGAGAUGAAGUUCGCAUAUUGAAAGAGUUGCCUCCGAGGGUUAAGAGGAGAGUGGAACUAGGAAUGAUUUAUACCAUGCCACCAAUUAGUUGGUCUGACAUGUCUUAUUAUCAUAAUCAUGUCAACUUAGAGAGCAGUGGAUUGUCUUCAGCAGGGGCGGAGCCUGCAGAAGACCAAGUAGGAGAAGCAGUCGUUAAGCUUCGGACAUCGGUGUGGUGCCGGCCGAAGGCUCUCCGAUGCUUAAGUCAACUAAGGGGGGUUCGGCAAUUGGGAGCUUCGGCAGGUGUCUGGCACCUUGGAAGAGUGUCUGCCUUCGGCAGGGGAGAAGGCAUGUCUACCUUGGUGCUAGUUGUUUUGAGGCUAGAUAUGCUUGGUUGUAACACCGAGGAGGUGGAAGAAUUGACAAGAAUGAGAUAUGCUUAUCCCUGGUGGAAAGAGAAAAUAAUCAAUUCCGACCUGAAAAGGAAAGAUGGUUUGUGUCCUCUGACACUUGAAGAAACCGCUCUUACACUGAGCGCACUUGACAUUGAUCGCGAUAUUCAGAUUUAUGUUGCAGCUGGUGAAAUAUAUGGAGCAAAGAGGAGAAUGGCAAGUCUUGCAAAGGCUUAUCCCAAAUUGUUGCCAUUGGAGUCGUUCAAACAGGUCAGAAAGGCGACAUUGUUGGAACCGUCAAACCUUAGGUUCUUUCAAAACCACUCAUCCCAAAUGGCAGCACUGGCACUAUGA